AUGGGUCCCUCCAGCGGCGAGAAAGUAGACGGCGACCAAGAUGUUGUUUAUACUCGCUCAAUUGAUGAGGGUGUCGGGUAUCAAGUGGGUCGAUGGCAGCACCUAAAGCAUUAUUUUACUAGUAGGCAAGGGUGGAUUGGCGAUUAUGUGAGUGACUUCUCUCGUAAGUGAACCAGUUAUUGUUCUUCGGCACACCUCUCUCUGUGUUUACAAAAUAGCUACAUUUUUAGAAAAGAUGGAAACUUGAGUCUCUCUUAUCUCUUCGACACCUCGAAUAAUCAUCUGAUUACUUCGGAUCAUUCUGUACAAUUCAUUGUAGAGUGGUUCAGGCGGCCGGGAGAGAUGACCGAACUCCUGCUAAAACACGUAAAUAAUAAAUAUAUACUGAUUUGAUACAGGAUUACCUUUAUCUAAUCACGCCAAAUAUAUGGCCACUAAAUAAGAAAUACAGAAACUACGAAGCUCCUUUCUAUGGCCUCAAUGAUGAAGUCCCAAUUCUACUCACAAUACUUCUCGGUCUACAACAUGCACUCACCAUGAUUGGGUCCAUUGUUUCUCCUCCACUCGCAAUAGCUGGUGGAGCAUUCAAUUUUGAUGCCCAGAUUACACAAUAUCUUGUUUCUGCGGCUUUUAUCACCACCGGAGUCGCUACUGCUUUACAAGUUACGCGCGUUCACAUUGCCAUAACACCAUUCUAUAUUGGUACCGGAUUGCUUUCUGUUGUGGGUCCAGCAUUCGACAUAUUACCAAUUGCAUUCAAUUACACCUCGAUGCGCUACGCCAAUGGAACCUGUCCAAAGGCAGACGAUGGAACGUAA